AUGGCGAAGGGCUACCAUAGUGCUAUAGUAUUCCUGGCAUUGUUGCUGAGACAUGCCUUGGCGGCUUUGCCAUUGCAACUGUUGGUCAAUUUGAGGGGCACCGAGUGUCUCUACGACAAACUCGAUGAAGGUGAAUCUGUGACGGCCAGUGUCUUUAUCUUAUCGGGUCAAGCCUUGAAGGCGACGGUUCGAGUGGAUGGUCCCGUGGCGUCCUUGGAGUCCGAUUCGGGCAACACAUUGCAAGCUGCCGUGGACGAAUUUGAGAAAGGAGCUCCCGAAAAUAGCAUUGUGGUGGAAGAAGUGGUCGAUUUUGAACAUCUCAACAUGAAGGAUGAAUUUUUCGACGAAGACGCCGCGUCCGACGACGACGAAUUGAUCAAGAUCCAAAACAAGGAACUCUCGCCCGAAGAACGAAUAAACGUAUCAAAGACAAACAACGCAAAAAGAUUCUGGUCAAACGACAAAAACAAGAACAACAGCGUCUCUCGCAACAUAAAAAGUUUCCAUCAGGUCACGGCCGAAGUCGAAAUGAGGCGCGAAAGUGAACUCGGUGGAUUGGGAGAAGAUGGACAUGUCUUGACGUACGAACAAAAAACCAUGAAGGACGAAGACAAAUUGUUGGAAGAAGAUACCGCAUCGGAAGAAGGAAUCAAAGACGAAGAUUUUCAUGCCACACGAGACAAAUUGAGACAAUUGAGACGACUACUCGCCGAAAUUCAUUCGCAACAGCAAAAGGAACGACGUAGACUCAUUGUGCAUGCUGCUACCAACAAACAUUCCCAUUCCAGAAUGGUACUGAGUUCUCUCAUGGAAACGGUACUCUUCAUGGCUGUCACGGGGUAUCAAGUCUACACCAUUCGACGAUGGUUCCGUGGAGCACCGGCGUUGGGGAGGUAG